AUGCGAGUUGUCGGAGAGGGUUGCCCUUUGUCGUCUACCCCACAGUCCAUCAGGCAACACAAUUUAUUCGCAAAGCCAGUCAGUCGUCGCCGUCGCCGUCCGUGCGCACAUCUCCUCGCUUCUGCCUUUAUCUUCCUUAUCGCUGGGGAUCUGCACUCAGCAAUGCAGUCGCUGCUCACCCAGUCCGAGAGUCAUGCAUUCCAGACCUUUCUCUCGUCGAUGGACUACUCGGAGGAUACCUUGUCUGCGUCAGAGUGGGCGUUGUACAACUCGGCUCCCAUGCAGCACUCGAUUGUCGACGAUUCGCUCGACUCGAAUCCAGAGCACCGGCAGGCGCUCGCAAAAGCCACGAAGGAUCUCAUGUCGCUCGAUCCAGAUCAUCGCUGGGAUUCCGGUGGUGAUUUCAUGAUGAGCCACCAGUCGAACAUGAACCAGCGACAUUUCGACCUGCACGGACGGCAUCUGGGUCAUUACGACCAGCAGCUGCAGCACCAGCAACAGCUCGUGCACCAGCAGCAGGUGCUACAACACCAGCAACAACAUCUCCAGCAGCAGCAACAGCAGCAGCAGAGAGCCAACUCGUACUCGUCGCCACACGAUUCCUUUCCUUUUCUCCACAACAGCAAGCUCCAUCAGCAGCAGCAAAUGCUGUUGCUGAACUCGCAAUAUCAACACUCUUGCAUACCACAACAGAAUUUACUGUCGCCUCUGAACAUGAACCAUAUCUCCCCUCGCGACUCUUCAACGUCCGGCACACCCACGACUCCGCAUUCACCGUUCAAUUUCCAGCAGCAACAACAUAAUUCGAUACCCAUGCAUCACCCUUCCCAACAACAACAGCAACUUCAAGUGCAUAUACCCCCCCACCAACGAGACAUCUCCCCCUCAGGAUCCGCAAAUCGCGUACCCUCUUCCCAAUCUGCGCCGUCGACUUCCUCAUCUGGUCGGACACAGCUUCAACAAUCGCCACCGUCCCCGAUCCCCUCCUCGUCUUCCUCAUCACAUUUUACCCGGUCACGCACAAACGGCAACGCCACAGCCUCUACCUCGGGCUCAACAUCUACCUCUAAGCGUACGCGGACGUCUACCUCUCCACCCAUCGCGGGCUCAACAGCAGCAGCACCAACAAACGCCAAUGGCGCACCUUCACACAAACCUGCCCUCCUCUCGCCCUCGCAGAAGAAAGCGAACCACAUCCAGUCAGAGCAGAAGCGGCGGGCGAACAUCCGGCGAGGGUACGAGGCGCUGUGCGAGACGGUGCCGGCGCUGCGGGAGGCGAUCCGCGAGGAAGAGGAGGCGGAGAGACAGGCGACGAAGAGGAUUGGCCCUGGGGUAAACGGAGCAACGAAGAAGAAGGGAAGGGCGAAGAAAGGGAAGGGGCAGGAAGGGCAGGAGAACGAGAAGGAUGGAUUGAAGAUCGAUGGAAGAGCAGGUCCGAGGAGCGAAAAUGUUGUGUUGUCGAAGACAAUCGACCACAUCCAAAGUCUGCUCGCCGACCGCUCAGCCCUGCUCGCACGCCUCCAUCAAGCCCGCUCCUCUCUCCCACCAGGGCAUCCUGCGCUUACGCCGCUAGUGCCGGAUCCGCCCUGGGAACGGGAGUGGAAGGGUGGUGAGGGCCGGUUGGGCGAUGAGGGUGAGGCAGAAGGAGAGGAACAGGAGGGAGAGGGCGAUGGGGAUGGGAGUGGGGAGGAUUGA